UGAUCAUCUAGCCUUGGAGUAAGAAGAUGAAGUGUUGAUGGUCCGUCCCCUUCUUGAACCGUCACCGUGGAGUGAACGAGUGGCUAGAGUUUGAAAGAUGAAAUUUCAAGUUCGUAUUUGACCACAUCUAUGUAGUUAUUUGCUUUAUUUUUAUUUGAAGAUUUAUUACUUUUUUUCGUUAGACUAUAUAUUUACCUUGUUUUUGGUUUGUUUGUGUUUGUGACAGUCUUGAGAAUUUGAGAUGUCUAGUUUAGCUAUGAUUGGAGGUAUUGAAACGUAUAACGCAGUUAAUUGCCCGGAAGCUCCCACAACAUGUUUAGCGAAAAGUUCCGCUCAGUAUUGGGUGAAUUUUUCUAUGUCUGACCGGCGACUGUGGAGACUCUUUGGCUAUUAUGAGUCUAGUGAAGUGAUAAAGAGUAUGAUGACCGUAAAUAUUCCUCAACCAAAUCUCAGUUUCCUAAAUCUCAAUAUGUCAUCUCUGUAUUCUCUGGCAGCACCCGUAGUCUCUGUAUUCUUUCUUCUCACAGGGCCCUCGCAACACAAGCCAACAAAGAAAUCCCAAGACCCGCCCGUCUCUUGUGCAGUAGAAGGACCUCCAUGCUUGAGGAGAAGUGAGCGGCGAUGAGGAGUAGUCAGCCGAAGGGGAAGAUCGAAGAAUCCAAGCGAGAUUGAAGAAGCAGGCGCGAACGGGAAGAUCGGAGAAGUCCGAUGCUAGGGAGAGAAGCGCAAGGGCUUAAAAAGGG